AAAAGUGGUAGUUUUUUGUGAACAUUAUGAGGUACUUCUCAAUUAAAAUUUCUAAAACUUGCAUAAUCAUGUAAUUUUCAGGAAUCGAUUACAAAGCCCAAUAGGCCUGAAAUGAGCAAAUACCUACGAAUGAAGUUCCCCACUUUUUGUAUCGACAGCGAGUGGUGUACUGUUUGUGUUUGAGAAAACCUGGAGAGAAAAAAAGAAGGAAGAAAUGGCGUCCAAAGGAAACAUCAAUCUCAGUAGAAACAAAUUGAUACUCUCAGCUCUCUCUAUACAACUUUCUUUAGAUUCUAAUCAAUUUUCAAGCGAUGUUGUCGAAAAUGAUAUCAAGAGCAUGUACAAUAUCUUGAAAUCAUCAAAAAAUGAGAGGCCUACUGAAAACAAUGACCAGAUGACAAAGUGGAUAGCAUUUGCGGAGAGUUUCCCUACAGAAUCCAGUGCUUGCUUUGAAGUUCUCAAAGGAUUAAAUGAAGACCUGGUUCUAAAAUCUGUGCUUUUGGGAAAUGGAUUGAAACCCUCUGAAGCUGAUGUUAUUGUUUUUUCAGUGAUACAUUCUUCUGUGAUUGAGCUUUCGAAAUCAGAUAAAGAAAAGUUGCCACAUCUUAUGAGAUGGAUAGAUUACAUCCAAAGCAAGGUGGAUUUGGGGAAUGUAUUCAAGAAGAUUCUGCAUGAGAAGACCCCAUUUGAGCCUCAUUUGCACUUACAGGGAACCAAGGCUGCUGACAAGGUGGAAGUAGAAUCAGGUGCCAAAAAAGUUGCAGAAAGCCCUAAAGUUGCAGAUAAGCCAGAAGCAGAAGUGAAAACAAAGAAAAGUGAAGAUCCUAAAGCAAAGAAAAGUGAUAAUGCGAAGAAGGCAACAGGAAAUAAGGAAGCUUCCAAGGAGAAGAAAAAAGCACCUGAGGCGGAAACAGUUGAGAAAGACAAAGAAGUCAGUGUUAGUUUGUUGAAUAUAAAAGUUGGUCUGAUUUCUAAAGCAUGGAAACAUCCGUCCGCUGAUAGUUUACUGGUAGAGGAGAUAGAUGUCGGAGAAGGUAAGUUGCGGCAAGUGGUCAGUGGUUUAGCAAAGUUUUGCACUCCAGAACAAUUAACAAAUCGCCUGGUUGUGCUUAUUACAAAUGUUAAACCUGGGAAGCUGCGUGAUGUGAUGUCAGAAGGAUUGGUAUUAUGUGCUUCUAAUGAUGAUCACACCAUUGUAGAGCCUUUACAGCCUCCAGAAGGAGCCAAAGUUGGGGAGUGUAUUUCAUUUUCUGGGAUCGAUGGGAAGCCAGAGGAUGUUCUUAACCCAAAAAAGAAACAGUUGGAUAAGAUAACGCCGCAUCUUUAUACUGAUGAAAAGGGUAUUGCUACAUUCAAAGGAAUUCCAUUUAUGACAUCUGCCGGGCCAUGUUCGUCAUCCAUUUCCAAGGCAAGCAUCAAAUAAAAUCUCUAAUGGCUCAUACAGCAGUUGUAACCCCACUGCCAGAGGAGUUCUGCAUAUCAUUAUAUGCUACUACUACUACUUAAAGUUAAUGAUAAUAUAAAAUUAAAAGAAUGUGCUGUUUGAGUUUCAUUUUUGACCUCUCUAUUGUACCAUCGUUGAUCUUAUUCCUCAACUCAAACUUUUGUUGAAUUGUUUUUCUAAUUUCGAAAGUACCAAUCUUUUGGAGAAAAUUUUAUAAGUAUGAUAAUUGUUUUUCCAAA